AUGAUGUCUUAUCUAAAGCAACCGCCUUACGCAGUCAAUGGGCUGAGUCUGACCACUUCGGGUAUGGACUUGCUGCAUCCCUCCGUGGGCUACCCGGGGCCCUGGGCUUCUUGUCCUGCAGCCACCCCCCGGAAACAGCGGCGGGAAAGGACUACAUUCACCAGGGCACAACUGGACGUUUUGGAAGCUCUGUUUGCCAAGACCCGGUACCCAGACAUCUUCAUGCGGGAGGAGGUGGCGCUGAAAAUCAACUUGCCCGAGUCCAGGGUCCAGGUGUGGUUUAAAAACCGAAGAGCUAAGUGCCGCCAACAACAGCAGCAACAACAGAAUGGGGGUCAAAAUAAAGUGAGACCUGCCAAGAAGAAGACCUCUCCAGCUCGGGAAGUGAGUUCAGAGAGUGGAACAAGUGGCCAGUUCACUCCCCCCUCUAGUACCUCAGUCCCCACCAUUGCGAGCAGCAGUGCUCCCGUGUCUAUCUGGAGCCCAGCUUCCAUCUCCCCUCUGUCAGACCCCUUGUCCACCUCCUCCUCCUGCAUGCAGAGGUCCUAUCCUAUGACCUAUACUCAGGCUUCAGGUUAUAGUCAAGGAUAUGCUGGCUCAACUUCCUACUUUGGGGGCAUGGACUGUGGAUCUUAUCUGACCCCUAUGCAUCACCAGCUUCCUGGACCAGGGGCCACACUCAGUCCCAUGGGUACCAAUGCAGUUACCAGCCAUCUCAAUCAGUCCCCAGCUUCUCUUUCCACCCAGGGAUAUGGAGCUUCAAGCUUGGGUUUUAACUCAACCACUGAUUGCUUGGAUUAUAAGGACCAAACUGCCUCUUGGAAGCUUAACUUCAAUGCUGACUGCUUGGAUUAUAAAGAUCAGACAUCCUCAUGGAAAUUCCAGGUUUUGUGA